CAGAACUCCAUCCGCCACAACCUGUCGCUCAACGACUGCUUCAAGAAGGUGCCCCGCAACGAGGACGACCCAGGCAAAGGCAAUUACUGGACCCUGGACCCGAACUGCGAGAAGAUGUUCGACAACGGGAACUUCCGACGGAAGAGGAAGAGGCGAGGGGAGGCGAGCCCGGCCGCAUCCGCCCGAGCCCGCAGCGGGGGAGGAGCCAAGGCGCUGGAUCCCCUGGGCGCAGCGUCCCCGGACCCGCAGGCCUCGCGGUCCUCGCCUGCGCCGGAGGCUGCCGCCUGCUUCUCCAGUUUCGCCUCGGCCAUGGGAGCCCUGGCUGGUGGCCUUGGUACCUUCCCUGGGGGCCUGGCGGGCGACUUUCCUUUCGGGAGACCGACGACGGUCUCCACUCACAGCCCCCAGUCUCCUGGCUCUACGCCCAGCUUUUCCACUGGCCAUCAGACAGCGGCCACCGGCUUCCGUGUUGGUCACUUCGUCUACAGUCGAGAAGGGACCGAAGUUUGA